UGCCUGCCCUCCCUUCCCAAGUAGCUUAACCCUUUGGCCUCCUCCCAUUCCCCUGCUCCAUAUCAUAGGCCCUACCAUUUCCACACGGUGCCUCGAACAUACUGUACAUCUUCCUUGCAGAUGGGCUCGGCUGUAGGUCUAUCUAUUCACAGCACCAGCGAGCUAUUGUACACUUCUUGAGAGAUAGAUCCUUGUGACUGGUUGUGGGCAGAACGCAGCGCAGCCGGAGGCAGCUACUCCAAAUAGUUUUGCGUCGCUCUGUCUGCAGUGCACAUCCAGCAGUGAACCUCAAAACUUCAAAAUGGGGUUUUAGCUGUUUCUGUAUCGACUUCGGACCUAUUCGAGAAUUAUUUUAGCCGCUUGCCGGAGAAGGGCAGAGAGGGGAUAGAGUGUGUAAUGAACGACACGGAUAAAGAGCAUGAAGGAUGCAGAGGGAGAAGGGAAACAAGAAAAUCCGAGAAAGAUCAGGUUUGGUUCAUCUAUUAUAAACACGUAGUUGGAUCUCCAAGAUCAUCAAGAAGAGAGUGUGCACCACAUUCAUAGAAGACUGCCUUAGUAAUGGGGCGCUGUGCCAGUGCGGGGGUGAGCGUGAAACGCACGGCUCCAUCGCUACAGGAGACUUCUUUGGGGCAGCCAUCGUCAGCCAGUGGGACAGCUCUCAGCACUCCUCAGAGUACCCCACCGACGCCUUCGGAGAGUUGGAGUUCGCAGAGGCUGGCAGGAGACACAGCCAUUUCCUGCGCCUGUCGUGCGACACCACCCCUCAGAUGGUAUACACCCUGAUGACAGCCCACUGGGGGGUACCCUCCCCCAACCUGGUGGUUUCUGUGGUGGGGGGUGAGGGGUGCGAGAAAGUCAAGACCUGGGUCAGGGAGGUGCUGAGACAGGGGCUGGUCAGGGCAGCACAGAGCACAGGGGCGUGGAUAGUGACGGGGGGGCUGAGGGAGGGAGUGAGUCAUUGUGUUGGGGAAGCAGUGAGGGAUCAUGCGGCGGCGGCCUCCUCCCUGUCCCAGAAGAAAGUCAUCGCUGUGGGCGUGGCCCCCUGGGGGUUGGUGCACAACAGACAGCAGCUCAUCAACGCACAGGGUAGUUUUCCAGCACGAUAUUAUGUCCAGAACACAUCCCGUGACUCGUGCUGCCUGGAUAAUAACUACCAGGCCUUCCUGCUGGUGGAUGAUGGGAGUGUAGGCCGGCGGGGAGGGGAGAUGGUCUUCAGGGCCAAGAUGGAGGACUACAUCUCCCACCAACGCACAGGCAUCUGGGGCAGUGGCAGUAUAGAUGUCCCUGUAUUGUGUAUGCUCAUCUCAGGGGACGCUGCCAUGCUGGAGAGGGUGGAUCUCUCUCUGAAGAAGGCUACUCCCUGGCUGGUGUUGAAUGGUUCUGGUCCAGCGGCGGACCUUAUCUGUGAGCUGCUGGAUGCACUGGCAGCCGGGCCCAUGAGCCCCCCCUCUCCCCAGCCAGAGGCUGAGGGGAGCAAGAGCCCCAGUGCGGAGCUGCGCGACAGGGCCCGUGAGAGGGUCCGGAGGCACUUCACUGCCGAGGCAGACCUGGAGAAGCUGGUGGACAGGGCUCUGAGUAUCUACCAGAACAGAGAUCUGAUCACAGUGUUCCAUGGGGAGCAGGAGAGUUCUGAUGAUUUUGACACAGUGCUACUGAAGGCUCUCGUCAGAGCCAGUAAACGUGUGUCCAGCGAUGCCAGUGAGUACACAGAGGAGCUGAAGCUAGCAGUAGCCUGGAACAGGGUGGACAUCGCUAAGAGUGAACUCUUCAAUGGAGGCAUCCAAUGGCAGUACGAGGACCUAGAGGAUUCCAUGACGGACGCGCUGAUCAACGACAAGCCCCAGUUUGUGCGUCUCUUCACCGAGAAUGGCCUCAACAUCCUGGACUACCUGACAUACCGGCGUCUGGAGGGCCUGUACCGCUCGCUUUCCGACAGCUCUCUAGCCUUCACUCUGCUCCAGCGCCGCCUCACAGAGAGGCAGGGCUUGGCCGGGUCUCUGCCCACCGUCCCCUGCUCUCUGGACAGGGCCUCGCUCCUCAAGAGCCCCAUAUCAGAACCCUCGUCGGCCAAAGAGCUCAGCCUGUAUGAGAUGUCAAGGCUUCUAUGGGACAUCCUGGGAGAUGUGUGUGAGCCCUUCUACUACAGCCCUCUGAAGUUGGACCAGAGCACCAGCACCAGGAGAGCACUGAAGCACAUGAAAAAGUUGUUGCUGGAGGAGUGUCCAUACAAGGAGCAGCGCUGUCUCUCUCCCUGGGCCUCUCUGUUCAUCUGGGCCGUGCUGCAGAACCGCAGCGAGAUGGCCGUCUACUUCUGGGAGAUGGCAGGGGAGUCUGUCCUCAGUGCUCUGGCAGGCUGUAAGAUUCUGAGGGAGCUGUCUAAGCUGGAGAGUGAGACGGAGACCAAGCUCUCUAUGAAGGAGCUGGCCCAGAAGUUUGAGAACUUGGCCCUUGAUGUGUUCAGUGAGUGCUACCAGAGCAGUGAAAGACGCUCCUUCACCCUCCUUAUAAGGAAGUCUCCUGUGUGGGGCGGAGCUACCUGUCUGCAGAUGGCCACUGCAGCUGACGCCCGCCUCUUCUUCAGCCAUGACGGCGUGCAGUCUCUGCUGUCUCAGAUCUGGUGGGGAGACAUGGAGAGGAGCACGAAAGUCUGGAAACUGGUCCUCACUUUCUUCUUACCCCCCCUCAUCUACACCAACCUCAUCACUUUCAGGGAACAGGAGGAGGAGGGGAAGUCUGAGGAGGUGACUCAUGGUCGGGACACAGACAGUCUGGAUGGAGGAGAUGCCACUGUGUUUUCCCUCGCCGACAUCAUGCAAACGGAAGAGGAUGCUGAGGAAUAUGCUGCUUUAAGGGCCAAACUGAAAGGUGCCUCCAAUCCCAAGAGGCCCUUCAUAUUGCUGCGCUGGAGGGAGUUCUGGUUUGCGCCCGUCACCUCGUUCCUGGGCAACGUGCUGAUGUACUUCCUGUUCCUCUCCCUGUUUGCUUACAUCCUAUUGGUGGACUUCAAGCCCCCGCCGCCUCAUGGCCCGUCCACCUUAGAGUUUGUUCUCUACUUCUGGGUCUUCACCAUGGUCUGUGAGGAGAUUCGACAGACGUUCUUCGUGGGCAGCAACACUAUAUAUCAGAGGAUGAGUCUCUACAUCCAGGACAUGUGGAAUAAGUGUGACAUCUUGGCCAUCUCACUCUUUGCCCUGGGCAUGUGCUGCAGAAUGUUCCCGUGGUCCUAUGAGUUUGGCCGUGCUGUGUUUGCUGUGGACUAUAUGGUGUUUACCCUUCGUCUCAUCCACAUCUUCGCCAUCCACAAACAACUGGGACCCAAGAUCAUCAUCGUCGGCAACAUGAUGAAGGACAUCUUCUUCUUCCUCUUCUUCCUGGCGGUGUGGCUCCUGGCCUACGGCGUAGCCAAUCAGGCGCUGCUCUACUCCUAUGACCCCCGUCCCAAUUGGAUCUUUCGCAGAGUGUUCUACAGGCCAUACCUACACAUAUUUGGACAGAUCCCCAUACACGAAAUGGAUGCUGAUAAACUAGAGGAGGGGAUACAGUGCACCAAUAACGCAACCCUGAUCGAGGCGGGGGCAGAGCCCUGCAUGAGUACCUACGCCAACUGGCUGGUGGUCAUCCUACUGGUCAUCUACCUGUUGGUCACCAACAUCCUCCUGGUCAAUCUGCUCAUUGCCAUGUUCAGUCAUACGUUCUCAAAAGUGCAGGAGAACAGCGACACCUACUGGAAGUUUCAGCGCUACAAGCUUAUCUUGGAGUACCAUUCCAGACCCUGCCUGGCGCCACCCUUCAUCAUCAUCUCCCACCUCCACCUCUUCAUCAAGAGGCGCAUCCGCAGGAUCCCCUCCGUCAAGAUCAAACACUUUGUUCUGGAGAUCCAUGGUAGGCAGGCCAGUAAACUAAACAUGUGGGAGGCCAUCCAGAAGGAGAAUAUACUGUCUGCCCAGAACAAACGAGAGAGAGAGAGCGACUCGGAGAGGCUCAAACGCACCUCCGUCAAGGUGGACAGUGUCCUAAAGCAGAUGGUAAAGAUCCAGGACCACAACCGCAGGCUGAGAAUGCUAGAGACCGAGUUGGAGUAUUGUUCUAGUGCCCUCUCCUGGAUGGUGGACGCUCUCUCUCAGAGUAACUUGAUAAAACCCACACGUCCUCCGCCCAUUCUCAGAGAUCUGACCCCUCUUUCUCCAACUAACUGUCCCAUGAAUAGUGAAAUCUAGACACACGUGCACACACGCCUACAAUCACUGUCACUCAGUGUCAAAGAACGUCAAGAAAUGCCAAAGAUGGACUCGAUGCUCAUUCAUCAAUCAUUUCAAUGUCAUUUUUAAACUUUGAUCAUUUCAACUGCUGCCAUUUUGUAUAUGGACUAUUGUUGCACUUUGUUGUUCCUUUGUUCAAUAAAUCAUUUUCCUGUGGGUUAUAGAAUGGAUGGACAAUCUGUUCCUAAUGUAAUAUGUAGAGUCAUUGUAAAGGUAAAAUCUUAUAAUUUGACAUGACCAAGUACAAACACAUUAAACUUUUUUUGUAUGUUG